AUGGCAGCCUCCGGAGGCCCAUCGUCACCAAACGCUCGCAACAGUAGCAGCAGCAGCAGCAGCACCGCGGCGACCCCACGAACUGCACCCCACCUCCCGACGCCCCUCGAGGUCCUCGUCCUGGCCGUCUACCCGGUCCUGCUCAUCUUUGGUACGCUCUUCUCCGUCUUGAGCCCGGAAACACGCGCCGUGCCGUACGAUGCGACGGGCCAGUCCCACGUCCAACACGAUGCGCCCAGCUACUUCGCCCGCAAGAACAACCUCUUCAACACGCUCUUCGUCAAGCGCGGCUGGGGCUGGAUCACCCUCGCCUUCGUGGCCUUCCUGCUCACCCACCCGGCGCUCGCCUCGCCCACGCGGAAGCUCAAGGCCGGCAUACGCUGGGCCCUGGUCACGGGCUGGUGGGUCAUCGUCACGCAGUGGUGCUUCGGGCCCGCCCUCAUCGACAGGGGCUUCCGCUACACGGGCGGCAAGUGCGAGGUCGCCGAGACGGCCGUCUUCGAGGGCUCCAACGACAAGGCCGACGUCUUCACUGCGGCCGCGUGCAAGGCCUCGGGUGGGAGGUGGAGCGGCGGCCACGACAUCAGCGGCCAUGUGUUCCUCCUAGUCCUGGGCAGCUGGUUCCUGUUGCAAGAGGUGGGCUGGGUUGUGGCUCGCCGCGGCGUCUUCGGGCGCAGGGAUGAACGAUGUGUCGUCAUGGCCGACGGCGCCGUGAAGGGUGCCAGCGUUGAAGCCGAGAAGGAGGACAGGACUGCGAAUCAGGGCGAGCUAGGCCUGGGAGGAAAGUUUGCCAUCGCGCUGGUCGGACUGUGCCUGUGGAUGCUCCUUAUGACGGCCAUCUACUUUCACACCUGGUUUGAGAAGCUUACGGGGCUCCUCGUGGCCUUGACCGGCAUCUAUGCUGUCUAUUACCUCCCUCGAUGGAUUCCUGUUCUCCGGAGCAUCGUGGGACUUCCAGGGAUAUAA